GGGACCCGCAGCGGCGUCUUUCCCGAAGUGGCUCGCCGAAGUGGCUCGCCAAAGAUCCCACACUAGGCGAUUGUAUAUAAAGAAAGACCUAUUCUACACAUUAAUCACUCCAUGCCAUUUUUUUGUCUCUAUUCCCAUCAUUCUGUCCAUUGGAAGAUCACGAAGCCUGCCCAUCAUGCCUCUCAAAAUCGUCCCAGCUACAGAAGCGGAUAUGGCUCGCUCCGCCGCCAUAGAAAAGCGUGCGUAUGGCCCCAACAAGUCCAGUGCUGUUUUCUUCCCGGGAGAGGGUAUGGCCACUGAGGACCGUAUUGCCAUCAUGAUUGCGAGAAAAAAUGAAGAGCCAGCUUUCAAGAUGAUGAAGGUGGUCGAUACAGACCUGGAGGCAAAGGGCGAGGAUGGCAUUAUUGCAUGCACUCUAUGGUUCAUUUGGUCUGGGGACCUUAAGCCAAGCCAGCCUAAGCGCAGUUGGGGACCUGGGACGAAUAUAGAGGCCUGCGACGCCUUCUUUGGAGAGAUGGAUAGAAGAUGGUGGGCUAAGUUUGAAGGAAAGCCGCACGUUUAUCUCAAACUCCUCCACACCGAUCCUGACCACCAAAGACGAGGCGCCGGAAGUAAAUGCCUGGAGUGGGGAACCGCAGAGGCUGAUAGACUGGGACUCGUGUCAUAUCUUGAGGCUUCUGAAGAGGGGCGACCACUGUAUGAGAAAUUUGGCUUCAAAGAGGUAGAUAGAAUUGUUGUGGACCUGUCAAAAUGGGGCAGUCCUAUCGAGGCUACGGCUUAUCUGAUGGUCCGCGAGCCAGUCUCGAACUAA